CUCAGAGCAAGAACUCCGGGCUGGCGGCAGUUUAGGAGUGGGAGUCAAAUAAUCUGUUUUAUAAGGUCAGCGUUUUCCCCUGCCGGCCGUGCGUGCGGCGCGGCUCGGUUUCUGGGAGAAGGCGUGCGAGCGCCCUUCUCCGAGGUCCGCUGCUGUCCCCGCGGGUCCCCUAGCAGCGCCCUGCCGGGUCGCCUCAGCGCGCCGGGCCGGGGGCUGGGAGCGCGGCUCCCGCACCGCUGAGGGGCUCCAGCCCCUUCCAAGGGAAUUGCCAGGAAUGCGUAAGGGUUUAAGUGAUGGACAGUGAAACGUGAUUUCCUGCCGUACCCGGUGAGGGGUGGCAGCCACCCGCGGAGAAGCGGCUGCCCAGAUAGUCUCAGCCCGCUACACCCUGGCGCGGGUGACCCAGUCCUUGGGCACCCGUUACGUGUGCCUCGGCGACGGAGGAGUAUUUGUCAUAAUAAUUCUUUCUAGACCAAAAGUGAGAGGCUUGAGAAAGCUCUUUUGAAGAGGCAUGGUGUACCGUGCAGUUAAUAGAAGCAAUUAAGGUAAUCUGAAUAUGUUUCUUUUAUGAUUUAAAAUGUUCAUGGACUUACAGAAAAGAAAUAGUGUGAUGGUCUUUCUGUCACUUCUCUCAAUUCUGAGAACAUGACUGUUGCAUGUUGUAAUCUGUCCAUCUUUUUGAAUAAGACGUUCAAAGAAAAAUAUGCCCCAAGUGUGCAAAAAUUAGCGAAAGCCGUGUUUCUUCAAAGUUCUGAUGAGCUUAGGUUUUUGUUAUUUGUAUUAAGUAGAUCAACUUUUAAAGGAUUAGAGAGCAGAGGGAAAGGUGGCGGUACCGAUUUAGUGACAGAUCUUAAUGAGAAUUAUGCUUUACUGUGUGCUAUCAGGGAUGCUGUAAUUGUAAUUCAGGUGUGUGAUUGAAGAUCUUGUUCAGACGCUGGUCUUUUUAUUUUUUUUUUAUUUCUUUAAUCUGAAAUUUAUACAAAAAUUUCUUUUCAGGACUUAACUUUAUGGACAUGGCCUCAGAUAGAUGGAGUUUUUUCCCCUCUGGGAAAUCUGGGCAAAGAUAAUACCAGCUGAAUUCUGUCCUGAGUGAUAAAACUCCACAGACUCAAGAUCUGGACAAAAUGACUGAGCAAAUGGAGAAAUUUAGCUGUUUAUUGUGGCUGAAUGUGAGAAAUGUGAAGCCUAUGAUGUGAUGUUGAGGCAAAGUCUUGUGCCUGAUGGGCAGCCUCUUGCUAUUAGAUGUUCGCUGGAAAAGAGCUUGAAAAGUGGAGACUACAACUUAACAUGGUAUAAAGUUGGUAACCAGACAGCUGUGCCUAGAGACAAACAUUCUAGAAUUCAUCAGCAGAAGAAUUUAAUUUGGUUUCUUCCUGCAAUCUUAGAAGAUUCUGGAGAUUAUGAAUGUGUGAUAAGGAGUUCAACAAGCUCCAGGAAAAUGUGUACAAAAGUAACAGUUUUUGAGAGGAUUGAUGGUUUAUGCUUAAAUGAAAAAUUUGCUGUAGAGGAGGUGAUAUUCACAGUGUCGUCUGCAAAAGUUGUGUGCCCACACUUGGACUAUUUCAGGGAUGAGAAGAAUAUUCAGCCUGUUCGUUGGUAUAAGGACUGCCAGCUGCUGGAAGGGAAAAGGUUUGCCUUCUUAGACAGUGAUCUUAUAAUUUUGAAUGUGACUGUCCAUGAUCAAGGAAACUACUCAUGCGAAACAACAUAUGGCUACAAUGGAAAACAAUAUAACAUUUCCCGAGACAUCAGUCUGACUGUGGAAGUGAGCCCACCAAAAAAGCCCCCAGAAAUAUCUUACCCAAGAAACAACUCCAUUGAAGUGCAGCUUGGCUCACAGGUUACAGUGGAUUGCAAUACAACAGGUGCUGAUGGGUAUGAGGUGUUUUGGACAGGCAAUGGUGUGUAUAUUGAUGUAUUUCAUAUGAGCAGAAUUUUUGCAAGUCCCUAUGAGGAGGAAACUUCUUACGAUGGACGCCCUAUGAAUUCUGUGAAGCUCAUAAUUUCAGAAGUGAAUAGUGAAGAUUAUGAACACCCGUUUGUAUGUCAGGCUUCAAAUGCCUUUGGGCAAGUUGCGUCCUAUAUUAUGUUAAAACACAGAGUUCCUAAUAUACAAAGAUGGCUGACUGGAGGGCUUGUCUCUCUGUUAAUUUUAACAUUUACUACUUUAAUAAUCUACAACAUUUUCAAGAUUGAGCUGGUGCUUUGGUACCGUAAUUCUGUCUGUGCCUUUAGAAGUAAGGAAGAUGGGAAAAUAUAUGAUGCAUAUGUCCUGUACGCACAAAGCAGUGGAGGCAGAAGUUUCUAUCGUCUGGAAACCUUUGUUCGUAGAAUACUCCCUGAUGUUUUAGAACAACAGUGUGGAUAUAAUCUCUUUAUAUUGGGAAGAGAUGAUUUACCAGGAGAAGCUGUGGUCAGUGUUGCUGAUGAAACCCUUAAGCAAAGCAGAAGACUGAUGAUUAUUUUGGGAUCAGAAACAUCUAGUUGCUGCCUGUUAGAAGACACUGCUGAACAACAACUAGCUAUGUAUAAUGCUCUCAUCCGUGAUGGGAUUCAAGUGAUUCUUAUAGAAAUGGAUGAAAUACAGGACUACACAAGCAUGCCGGAAUCAAUCAGAUACGUUAAGCAAAAACAUGGAGCUAUCCAAUGGAAAGGGGACUUCUCAGAGAAAUCCUGUUCAGCAAAUACAAAAUUCUGGAAAAAUGUGCGUUAUCAAAUGCCAUCCAGGAAAAAGCUGCUGAACAUCAGGCUGUUUUCAGAGAAAAUCCAAAGUGACCUCAAGAUGUCCUUCCCAGGUAGUGAAAACUGAUUGCUUCCUGUGUAAUCUUUGGUAAGACUUUUUCUCCAAGAAUAUUGCUUUGUGUGAUCAAUGACU